CUGCGUGAAUGACUACUUGAGAAACAUUUCAUGUGUGUGGAGGAACUCUACGGAUUUCUCUGGCCAACGAUGUGAGCUUGAGGGGAACAGGGGCUUUGGGAGGGAGAAAUUGUGAAGAAAAACAAAAUUGUGCUCAGUGAUGUCAAUGGCAGUUUAUGGUGACUACAUCUUCAAGCUUCAAAAGAAUGAAAAGUAUAAUUCAGAAGUCUAAUAAAUUAUUCCAUGAGACUCAUGAUUGUUAUGAAAGCAUACGAUAAGGUUUGGUGAGAAACAAGCCGAAAUCUAAUGUAUUAUUUAAUAAAAAUGUUCAUUGACCUUUGGUCUCCAGUCGCCUUCGGCUUGCUCACUGGGGUUCUAAAUAAAAUUAUUAUUUAAUUAUUUAUUUUUAUACACAAUUUACAAUCAUAUUUAAUCAAACUACACAAUGAUGCCUCUAAGACUUUAUAGAUAUUACAGUUUCAUUUUCUGUUAAUGCAUGAUUUUCUGUAAAACGAUGUGUGUUGUGAAAAGCACUUUACAAAUAAAAAUGACUUGACUUGUGCGCAUUCAUGACAGGGCACGAGAGCAACAGUUCACGAAGCCCCCUCGCAACAUGUGGCGUUCAAGCAAAAUCUAGAUUUGUUUAUCUAAAAACAGAUCCGCCACAGCGAUAGUGACAACAGAACACAACACAUCUGCACACAAAAUAGAGAACAGAGAACAGAACUUACUAAACAUGUCCGAAGUGUUUGUAGUCGAAGAAUUGAUGCAUUUCUAUGCCCAGCCUUAUUUGUUUGAAUGUUUAUUUGUUUAGCCAUUUCACAGCAGACAGAGUUAUCCGUGCAAUGCCGACAAUAUAAAACAAGUGAUCAAUAGAAUGUACCAUCACUCGUCACUGCUGGUUAGGACAAAAACUCUGAUUACCUUAGAAAAUAUACCUUUUAUUGCGUGUCAUUUGCCUUCAGGUUAGGACAUGGUGUGACUGUGGCUGCCUGUAGUCUCCUCUAUGUUUCUGUUUGAUUUCUCAUUUUUAGUAAGCUCUGUUCUCUGUUUUGUGUGCAUCUGUGUUGUGUUCUCUUUUCACCUGUUUUUAGAUAAACAAAUGAGUUUUCGCUUGAACAUCCCAAUGUUACCCGGGGGCUGCGUGAACUGUUACUCUCGUGCCCUGUCAUGAAUGCGCACAGGAGAUCAACGGUUUCUCCCUUUGUGUUAAGAAAAAGAAAGAAAGUCAUAUAGGGUUAUCACAACACAGGGGUGAGUAAAAAAACGACAGAAUAUUUGGGUGAACUAAUCUUUGAAUAUGCAUUCGGUAACAUGUAUAAGUAAUAAGUCGGUUGAUUUCCCUGAAAAGUGUAACACUUUGGCUCUGUGGCACUAUCAAAACAUUGCUCUGUUUGUUUGACCAUCCCAAUGAGUCAAACACAGCAAAAUUGAGUUUGAGGCUGGACAAUCUGUUUGAUCGACCAAUAGAAGAUGCGGGGAGUGUUCAGGAAAUGUGUUUGAAAACAACAUAUUGUUUUGCGAUUUCGUUUGGUGACACUAGUGGCACAGAAAUGACAAUCUUCAGGUUUAAUAUUGAAAAAUAAACCUACAAAAUCUUAAUCUUGAAUUUGAAUUCUGUUUAUCGUAUUAUAUUUGUGUGAAGCAUGCCACAAUGUGAGCUGGUGCCACUGAAAAAUCAUUCAUAUCUUGUGAGAGGCUGCUCUUUAACCUUUGAAAAAUGGGACUUUUUCUUUCUUGAUAGGAUCUGGCUGAGUGUGUUUUGUAAUGGAUUUCUCAUUACUAAAAUAUAUUAUCAUCCUGGCCGAAACAUUAAGACGCACCCACCAGAUAAGCCAACUGUAAGCGGAGACAAGAUAACUUGGAGUAGAGGCAUUAACUUUCCAAAUGACAUUAAACAAUAUGAAUUCGAGCUGCAGUUUAAACAAGCACACACAAGCUGGGAGAUGGCAAAACCUCAGUCUGUGUCCCAUGGAAGUUCUGUAUUGCUAGACCAAAACAAACUAACUGUAGGAGAAGUGUACCAGGCCAGGGUGCGUGUGAAGCCUGUUGAACCAAUAAAUGAAGGUUACCUACAGGGGGAAUGGAGCAACUGGAGCCCUGUUGUGUCCUGGAAGUCUGAGGCUGGGAAGAAAGAAAUACCACUGCAACCAGUUGAAAACACGCCAGCUCUCCCCGAUGAUAUCCGUAUAGUUCUGAUCGUUGGCUUCCAUGUGUUACUUGUUCUCGCUGUCAUUUCUCUGAUUAUCUACAAGGUCAAUAAAAGCAACUGGUUUUUAAAACCAAAAAAUCAACAUGUUCCAGAUCCCUCCAAAUACUUUCAGUCUCUUCACACCAUUCAUGGCGGAAACUUCCGGAAAUGGCUGGGCUUUCAGAAUUCUGUUGGGCCGUUCCUUACUCCACAGUCAUGUGAUGAUAUCUCACCUGUCGAGGUCUCUGAUAUUUGGGAUGUGUCCUUGAUGGACCUCAAUGCUCAGAUGUCUACAGCUAUGCUCCUUCCCUUCAAUCAGGUGGACUCUGGACUCGAGAACAGUGGAACCAGCCAUGCAUCAUCAUCGGGUUUUGCAACCAUGGGCUACUUCUACAGCAAAUCCCAUUCAGGAUCCUUGUGUCUAGAAACCUGCCCCGUAUAUUUCACCUACCACCCUGAGGAAGGUCCAAACCCUGCUCUCUCUUCGUCCAGCUCCUCAUAUGAAAGUUUGCAAAGCCCAAGUUAUCAACCUAAAGAUCCACUGAGUCCAGACUCUGGGUUUGACAUGGCCGGGGAGGAGCAUUAUGAGGAAGACCAAGAUGAUGGAGUAAACAAUGAAGAGGAGACCAAUGUGACUGAAGGAAAUCAUUUGGUUUCCUUCAUUAUCUCAUUGUCGCAGGGUUCCUUGGGUUCAGUUCGCCCCGUAGAGAGUUUUCCUCCAAUGCCUGUCAUCAAACCCUGGCCUGAACUUGUGACAGCACCUAGCUAUAGUUCCACCUCUGAGCCUGCAGAGAGCUCUGUGGCCAGACCCUCCUCUAUGAUUGAGCCCUGUGGGAGUGGGUAUCUGACCAUGAAAGAGAUGCAAGAAUACAGCAACAAAUCCAUAUGAUUGCAGGUCUUGUUGUGUCUCCGUCCAUAUACACCAUUUAUGUGAAUUAAUUGGUUGUAGAUGUGCAAAUCUGAUACAUUCCAACACCUGGCAAGCUGAAACAGCUACAUUAUAAAAGCUUUGAAUGGUUAAGGUCACAUCCACACCAGUAUGUUUUACAUUUCCUAAUGUCAUAGUUUUCUAAAAUAUGUGGUACUAGAGAGCAUUUUCUAAAAUAUAUGUUUUUGGUGGAGGAAAAUGCAGUUCCAGUGUGAAUGAGCGGUAUAAACCUAGCAAAAUCAAUGCGCUUUCAACCGAAAAUGUUUUUGUGUGGGCAUGGCCUAAGAUUCUUUUCUACAGUGGCAUUAUAAGCUAGAUUUUAAGUCCACAUGAAAUCAAAAUUGAUUGUAUUUAUUACUUAUUACAUUCCUCGUUUUAUUGUGCACGUUUUAAUUUGAAGUUUUAUUUGUAAACAUUUAAUUUGCUCUGCCUCUGAGAUGACUUUCCUUUUUAGAUGACGUCAUCAGACUGCAUGGGCUAUUUGUUAAUUGGAACCAAUAUCUAAAUAGCUAUUCAGGCUACUUAUGCAGGUAAUGCAGCCUUUCUAAAAAUUGUUGAUAGUUAACAGAAAUUUAAUGUCAGUAAAAGGUGCACUCAGUAUUUUUUUGUUUAUGUAGUCUUACACUGACAUCUGUGGCGUGGAUGCAGCAUCGUUCAAAUGGAAUACUUUUCAGUUACUGAAAGCAUUGUUGAAAUUCAUUGUUCACAGUCAGCCAUGAUUAAUUUAAUCCAUGAGUGAACAUGUCCAAUAACAGGAUGCUUACUGAGAUUGAGUGAGUAAUAUUCGGCUGGUCAUGUGAUUCUAACAUGGCAGCCCCCAUGAGGGGACACUCUCCAUAUAAAAUAAAACAGCUUUUAUACGGUUAGUGAUAUGACUGGAGUGUUAAUGUCAUGUGAGUGCUAAACAUAUGUUUUAAAAUUACCAUUCAUGUCUUUAAGAGUUAAACUUUUUAAUAAAGAAAAAAAAAUAAUGAAAGAUUAAAAACAAAAGUCAAGAUGCUCUGAAACGUGAACUUGACCUUAAGCCUACACGUCCUAGCCACCAUCUGGUUUUCAUCAUUUCCACAAUCAGCUGCAAACUUGAAUUCAGGUCUGACUCCAUUCUCAUAUGGAAUUCCUUAUUUUUAUGUUUCAACGUUACAAUUUGCCAUUUCAUGUUGUCUCACUUUAGUUUUAACACAGUGGAAAGCAGCAAGCCUGUGAUUUAACACCAUGUGUCCAAGUCUGCUUCAGUUAUUUUAACUAUUAUUGAUUAUAUCUUGAUGAACUUUAAUGACUUGUUAAAUAAAUUGCCACCACUAACCUUUUAUAUUAUAUUAUAACUGGCUAAAAUGAUUAAGCAGUCAAAUUGCUCUUUUUAAGAUUGAUUAUUUAAAUUUUUUUGCUGCUAUUGUUAUUUCAUUUUUAAAGUUGCUGAAUGUUAUGAACAUGGAACAAAUGCUGCUUAUUAAAUAUGUAACAGUUUUCAAUUUAGGGGGAAAAUUCAUGAAUGCAUGUUCAAUCUAAACCUAUCAACAGCACUCCUAUAUAUUUCUACCAUAUUGUGAUAUUCAUGUCACAAUACACAAGAUUCAAAGGAUUGAAGUUUCAUUAUCUGAACAGCUGAACAGAAAAGAUACAAAUGUAUUAUUCAUUCAUGUAAUGCUCUGAUAUAUGCAUAUGCAAUUAUUUGAAAUGUUUUUUUUGUUCAGUCUUAAUUGAAAUAUACAUUUUCUGUUGUUAUUCUUGUUUAUUGUUCAGAUUGAAAUAUAAACAAAACCCCAAAAAUGUGA